AUGCUUAUUCUCGUCCUCGUGCACAUCUUAGAACCGACGUCGAGCGCGAAACCCAAAUUGCCGAGUGUACGUAAAGUCGAAUUCAUGGAAGCUAGGGCGCAUGGUGCAGUGAACCUGAUGUGCCCGGUGCAAGGUUACCCUGUUCCAAUUUCAAGAGCCUAUCCUAGACGUAUGGGUACGGAUGUGGUGCUUGCCUGCAACGCUCAGGGAUUUCCCAUCCCAAUCGCCAGGGGUUCCCAGUUCCAACGUAUAGCAAAGCUGCUUCCAGCGUUGUGCAAUUUUGCCCUGCGCAGGGCUAUCCGGUACCUUCGUUUAGAACCUGUGGGCAGCAAGGCGCCUGCUUUUACGGGCGAUGUAAAAGGUGUGUGGAUGGAAAAGGCCAGAGCAUCCAGUGUCGUAUUACCGUGUCCAGCACAGGGAUAUCCCGUGCCUUCCUUUAGACGAAGCUCUGACACUUUGGGCGAUCUAUUUAUUUCAGAGCCGUCUGGUCGUACUGCCCCAAAGGCGACUGGCGACGGCCUUAAGUACCGCGGGGUAGAGGGCGAGUCUCUGGCGCUGGCGUGUGCGGCACAAGGCUUUCCUGCCCCGAUAACUAGAUGGUACAAGUUCAUUGAGGGCACGUCGAGGCGUCAGCCGGUCCAGCUGAAUGAGCGCGUACGUCAGGUUAGCGGCACUCUGAUCAUCCGCGAGGCUCGAGUCGAAGAUUCCGGCAAAUAUCUCUGCAUCGUCAACAAUUCCGUCGGCGGCGAAAGUGUGGAGACCGUUUUGACUGUUACGGCACCUCUUACCGCGGAAAUCGAACCGAGUACGCAGACCAUCGACUUUGGAAGACCAGCGACCUUCACCUGCACCGUCCAAGGCAAUCCGAUCAAAACUAUCUCCUGGCUCAAGGAUGGAAAGCCUCUUGGAUUGGAAGAUCGCGUGCUGAGGAUUGAGAGUGUGAAGAAGGAAAACAAGGGAAUGUAUCAAUGCUUCGUUAGAAAUGAUCAAGAAAGCGCGCAAGCAACGGCGGAAUUAAAACUUGGUGGAAGAUUCGAGCCCCCGCAGAUCCGUCAAGCUUUCGCCGAAGAGACUCUUCAGCCGGGACCGAGCAUGUUUUUGAAGUGUGUUGCCAGCGGGAAUCCCACCCCCGAAAUUACCUGGGAACUUGAUGGAAAACGGUUGUCGAAUACCGAGAGACUGCAAGUGGGACAAUACGUGACGGUCAAUGGUGAUGUCGUGUCGCAUCUGAAUAUUUCGAGCAUUCAUACCAAUGAUGGUGGUCUCUACAAGUGCAUUGCUGCGUCAAAGGUUGGAGCUACCGAGCAUUCUGCCCGUCUCAACGUUUAUGGUUUGCCGUUCAUUCGUCACAUGGACAAGAAAGCCAUCGUUGCUGGGGAAACUUUGCGUGUGACUUGUCCUGUUGCUGGUUACCCGAUCGAAAGCAUCGUCUGGGAACGAGACACCAGGGUCCUGCCAAUCAACCGAAAGCAAAAGGUCUUCCCUAAUGGUACACUUAUCAUCGAGAAUAUUGAACGAAUGAGCGACCAGGCGAUCUACACUUGCGUGGCACGCAAUGCACAAGGUUACAGCGCACGUGGAACUUUGGAAGUUCAAGUCAUGGUGCCGCCGGUCGUUCAGGAGUUCGCGUUCACGAAGCUACCGAUGAACGCCGGGGAAUUUGCGAAUCUGCAGUGUAUCGUGUCGAGCGGCGACCUGCCAUUGAACAUACGUUGGAGCUAUCCCGGAGAAGAGAUGGGCGGUUCCUCCGGCGUACUCGCGAAGAAGGUCGCGGAUCGCGUUAGCAUGCUUAUGAUCUCGGUCAUCACCGCGAGACACGCGGGGGAGUACGUUUGUACCGCCGAAAACGCGGCUGGAACGGCGUCCCACUCGACCGUCCUCACCGUCAAUGUCGGGCCGCAGCUUCUACCAAUCGCUUUCAAUGCCGAGAUCGCCAAUUGGGGAGACUCCGUGUCCGUGCCCUGCUCGAUCCUGAAGGGCGACAUGCCCAUGGACAUAUCGUGGUCGUUUGACGGCGUGCCGAUCGACACGUCGAAAGACACGGGUAUCACGAUCACCAAAAUCAGCAAGCACUUGAGCACCCUCAGCAUCGACGGCGUCUCGGCACGCCACGCUGGAGAGUACGCCUGUUCCGCGUCGAAUCUAGCUGGUUCCGUCAGUCGAUCGACGACUUUGACUGUCAACGUCGCACCGCAACUGGCGCCUUUCACCUUCGGUGACGAAGCCGCCAAUGCGGGAGAGAUGGCGACCGUUCAAUGCGCCGUGAUAAAAGGCGACCUGCCUAUCGAUAUAAUCUGGUCGUUUAACGGGCGUGUGAUCGACAUCGCGAAUGGCGCAUUCGACGAGCACAAUUACGACAAUCCCGACAUAGUGAUAAGCAGGAGUAGCAAACGGGCCAGCCAACUGACGAUCGAAUCGGUAGCCGCAAGACACGCGGGCGAGUACUCGUGCACUGCGAGCAACACGGCCGGGACCGCUACCCACUCUUCGGUACUUUCGGUAAACGUACCGCCGCGCAUCGCCCCUUUCGAAAUGGCCGACAAGGCGGUGAAUUGGGGUGACUCCGUCUCGGCGGUCUGUACGGUGGUGAACGGCGACACCCCGUUAGAGAUUACGUGGGCGUUAAACGGAAUGCCUAUCGAGGAGAAUCAUCGAAUAUCCGUGACCACUACCAAGAGGAACAGCCUGCUGUCCAUAGAUUCUGCGAGCCCGAGUCACGCGGGCGCUUACACUUGCGUUGCCUCCAAUGCUGCCGGCGCAACCACUUAUUCCGCGGAGUUGACAGUCAACGUCGCACCGCAAAUCGCACCGUUCGCUAUCGCCGAGGAGCCAGCCAACUGGGGCGAUUCUAUUUCCGUGGUGUGCGCCAUCCUCAAGGGUGAUUUACCGAUUGAGAUCACGUGGGCGUUAAACGGCGAGCCGAUCCGGCCAGAACGUUCGGACGUUAAUAUCUUGGCGACGACGCGGAAGAAUAGCAUCCUCAGCAUCGAGUCCGUGGCCGCGAGACACGCAGGAGAAUACACGUGCUCGGCGUCGAAUAAAGCCGGAGCGACCAGUUAUUCAGCGACUUUAGCUGUGAACGGUACAUCUCGUCUGAGAGAUCCUACGCAUUAUAUCACUUUAUUUCUCUUUACAUCCUAUCAUCGUUCAUUAUCCGUCAUUAUUCUCCCUCCCCCCCUUCUAAAAUCGUCGUCGAUGGUCAAUCGCGGUCUUCAAGGCGUUAUCAAUCGCUACACGAUCGGUCAUUUGUCCACUUUAGUUGCUCCGGAGAUAGCGCCUUUCGUACUCAGUGAGAAGCCGGCGAAUUGGGGAGAGACAGUCACCGCGACGUGCACCAUUUUGAAGGGAGACCAACCGAUACAGAUCGAGUGGGCGCACAACGGCCAGCCGAUCUCUCAUGAUUUUUCCGAUAUAGCGAUCGUCACCAGCAAACGCGUGAGCCUACUCACGAUCGACGCCGUUACGGCUAGCCACGCCGGAGAAUACACUUGCGUAGCCACUAACGCUGCUGGUGGGACGAGCUAUUCCGCUUCCUUAGCCGUCAAUGUUGCCCCCGAAAUCAUGCCGUUUGUGAUCGGCGAGGAACCGGCGAAUUGGGGUGACACCAUUACCGUAACUUGCACGGUAUUGAAAGGCGAUCACCCGAUCCAGAUCGAGUGGGCACUCAACGGCGAGGCAAUUUCUCGAGAUCAUCCCGACAUAUCGAUAGUUAGUACCAGCAAGCGCGUCAGUCUGCUUACGAUCGAUGCCGUGACAGCGCGCCACGUCGGGGAAUACACCUGCACGGCUAGCAACGUUGCUGGUGGAACGAGUUAUUCCGCAUCACUGGCCGUGAACGUUGCGCCGCACAUAGGGCCUUUCGCGAUCAGUGACGGACCGGCGAAUUGGGGUGACAUGGUUUCAGCAACGUGUUCCAUUAUGAAAGGCGAUUUUCCCGUAAAGAUCGUUUGGACGUUUAAUGGCAAACCGAUUAGCAUGCACGACUCGGAUAUUACGAUUACGAAUAUAAAUAAACAUAUGAGUGCUCUCAGCAUCGAAUCCGUGGCCGCGAGACACGCGGGCGAGUACACGUGCGUAGCUACGAACAGAGCCGGCAACGUCAGCCACUCGACCAUCCUCGUUGUCAACGUUGCUCCGCAGAUCUUCCCGUUCACGUUCGGCGACGAGCCGGUAAACUCGGGCGAGGCGAUCUCUGCGACCUGCUCCAUUCUCAAGGGUGACUUCCCGAUGGACAUUACCUGGGCGUUCAACGGCGAGCCGAUAUCCGCCGAGAGUACAGAUCAGUUCUCUAUCACGAAGGGCAAACGCCUCAGCGUCCUGUCGAUCGAUGCUGUCGCGGCUAGACACGCCGGCGAGUACACUUGCACCGCGUCGAACAAAGCCGGAGCCUCCAGCCAUACGGCCGCUCUAGCCGUGAACGUCGCCCCGCAGAUAGCACCGUUCUCGAUCAGCGACGAGCCCGCGAAUUGGGGCGAGGCGGUCUCGUCGGUCUGCACGGUCGUGAAGGGAGACUUGCCGAUCGAAGUGUCGUGGGCGUUGAACGGCGAACCUAUCACCAAGGAGAAUUACGGAGAUAUAUCGAUAUCGAGCACCAACAAGCGAGUCAGUCUAAUGACAAUCGAGGCCGCGAGCCCGAGACACGCCGGGGAGUACACUUGCACAGCCUCGAAUGCUGCCGGAGCGACGAGUUACUCCGCCACCUUGGCUGUGAACGGUACUGGCAAUUGCAAUUGCAUGAAGUGCCUCGCUACGAUUGAGACAUUGAGUUUGGAAUUCUGCCUGCAAAAAGUUAUUGAUCACUUUCCGCGAUUGUUUUCAGUCGCUCCGCAAAUCGCUCCAUUUUCUAUCAGUGAAGAACCGGCAAAUUGGGGCGAGCAAGUCUCCGCAGUGUGUAGCAUUUUGAAGGGUGACCUACCGAUCGAAAUACGAUGGAGCCUCAAUGGCGAAAUUAUUACGCGUCUCACUCAUCCAGACGUGAUAAUCACGAAUACCGGGAAAAAGACAUCCGUCCUGACCAUUGAAUCUGUGACUGCCCGUCAUGCUGGCGAAUAUAGCUGCGUCGCGAGCAAUCUGGUUGGAUCUGUCAGCCGUUCCGCCGCUUUAUCGGUUAAUGUCUCCCCACAGAUAGCACCGAUCUCCUUCGGCGAGAAUCCCGUUAACGCCGGAGACUUGGUGUCGGAGCAAUGCGUGGUGACCAAAGGCGAUUUUCCUCUGGAGAUCACGUGGACCUUCGACGGCCGUUCCAUACAAUCUUAUCAUGGUGACGUGAUCGUGUCCGAUACCGGAAAGCGCGUCAAACAACUGACCAUCGAAUCGGUAGCUGCGCGACACGCCGGGGAGUAUACCUGCGUUGCUUCGAACGCGGCUGGAUCGGUCUCCCAUUCGGCCAUUUUGGACGUGAAUGGUACACCUUUCGAUAAGUCUAUGGCCGCGAUUCGCAUUUCUGUAUUUAGUCAUCUUUUAUCCGAAUUUACUCCCUUCAUUCCGAAAUUAUUGCCAUUCUCGUUCGGCGAGGAGCCGCUUAACUCGGGUCAGGUAGUAACGGUACCGUGCGCAGUGGUCGAGGGCGAUCCACCCUUGCAGCUCCGUUGGACCUUAAACGGUCAUGCGAUCUCGCCGCAUUCCGGAAUCUCGAUCGUGGAUCUGGGCGGACGCGGCGCCAUACUGAGCAUAGGAUCCGUCCAGGCGACCCAUGCUGGAACGUACACGUGUGUCGCGGAAAACCUUGCCGGCAGACACGAGCUCUCGGCCGAUCUCAUUGUGAACGUCGCUCCACAUCUGCAGCCGUUCGCGUUCGACGAGGCCAACUCCGGCGAUCUGAUAAUCGUCCAUUGCGCGGUCGUGAAGGGGGACACGCCGAUUUCGCUCAAGUGGUUGUUCGAGGGUCGCCAUUUAGAGGUAGGCGACGGAGUGGGUAUCACCGCGUUGGGGGAUAGAGUCUCGGCCCUGACGAUACCCGCUGUUAGGGGCGAGCACGCCGGGGAGUAUGCUUGCGUCGCCGAUAAUCCAGCGGGCAGUGCUCGGCACAGCGCCCAUCUGAAAGUGAACGUCCUGCCGCGGAUCAGUCCGUUCGAUUUUGGAGACCGACCGAUCUAUGCCGGGCAGGCCGCCCAAUUGGCAUGCAUGGUGCCGAUAGGCGACACGCCGAUCGAGAUCGCCUGGACCCACGAGGGCGAAGCGUUGUCGCAGUUCAUGGGAUUCAGCGUCGGGAAACUCGGCCCACGGACGAGUAUACUACUGAUCGAGCCGGUAACACCGGAGCACGGCGGACGUUACGCGUGUGUCGCUAGUAAUCCCUCGGGCAGGGUGAUCCACGAGGCAACCUUACGAGUCCACGCUAUUAACAACAUACAAAAGACGAAUGAAGGCUAUUAUCUUUGUGAGGCUGUUAACGGCAUUGGAUCAGGGUUAUCAGCUGUCAUUCUCAUUUCGGUUCAAGCUCCUCCGCAAUUUGAAAUUAAACUGAGGAACCAAACCGCUCGUCGUGGAGAACCAGCCGUAUUGCAAUGCGAGGCGCAAGGAGAGAAACCAAUCGGUAUUUUAUGGAACAUGAACAACAAGAGAUUGGACACAAAGAGCGAUCCUCGUUACACUAUUCGCGAGGAAAUCUUGGCCAACGGAGUAUUGUCCGACCUGAGCAUCAAACGAACCGAAAGGAGCGAUUCUGCCUUGUUCACUUGCGUAGCCACGAAUGCCUUCGGUAGCGAUGAUACUAGCAUUAACAUGAUUGUACAAGAGGUGCCAGAAGUUCCUUAUGGUCUCAAAGUGUUGGAUAAAUCAGGACGUUCGGUGCAAUUAUCGUGGGCUGCACCUUAUGACGGAAAUAGUCCGAUCAAACGAUACGUUAUCGAGUACAAGAUCAGCAAGGGUUCCUGGGAAACUGAUAUUGACCGGGUGCUCGUACCUGGCUCACAACAGAACGUAGCCGGAGUGUACAAUCUAAGACCUGCGACCACCUACCACCUUCGAAUCGUCGCUGAGAACGAAAUUGGCACAUCUGAUCCAUCUGACACGGUCACUAUUAUCACCGCUGAGGAAGCACCUACUGGUCCGCCAACUUCCAUCAAAGUGGACGCUCUCGAUCAGCAUACGCUCAAGGUAACAUGGAAACCGCCUCCGCGCGAGGACUGGAACGGUGAGAUUCUCGGCUACUACGUUGGAUACAGACAGUCGUCGGACAAGCCGUACAUGUUCGAGACCGUCGAUUUCUCCAAGGAAGACAUAAAGGAGCACCACUUGCAGAUCGCGAACCUCAAGACCUACACUCAGUACGGCGUAGUCGUUCAGGCAUUCAACAAGGUCGGCUCCGGACCAAUGAGCGAGGAACGCAGGCAGCACACUGCAGAAGGCGUGCCCGAGCAACCGCCUCAUGACACUACUUGCACUACUCUUACCUCUCAGACUAUCAGAGUGUCCUGGGUGUCGCCGCCACUCAGCGCGGCCAACGGCGUUAUCACCGGAUACAAAGUCAUCUACGGACCGUCCGACACGUGGUACGAUGAGAAUACGAAGGACACCAAGAUCACGUCUUCCAGCGAGACCAUUUUGCACGGCCUCAAGAAAUACACAAACUACAGCAUGCAGGUUCUGGCUUUCACAUCCGGCGGAGAUGGCGUUAAGUCCGCACCGAUUCACUGUCAGACCGAGCAGGAUGCACCCGAAGCUCCCAUCGCUAUCAAAGCUCUAGUCAUGUCUUCGGAGUCUAUUCUUAUCUCAUGGCGCCCACCUAGCCAACCUAACGGAGUUAUUUCUCAAUAUACCGUUUACACAAAAGCUGAUAACGCAGAAGAGCCGACCAGCCAGAAAGUACCACCGAACCAAUUAACUCAUGAAGCAUCUGGAUUAGAUAAGCAACUCAGAUAUGAAUUCUGGGUGACCGCUAGCACGAAUAUCGGCGAAGGUGAAGCUUCCAAAAUAGUGGCCUUGGCACCAAGUGUUCGAGUACCGGCCAAGAUUGCAUCGUUUGACGACAAGUUCACGGCAACAUACAAAGAAGACGUCAAGUUGCCUUGUCUCACUGUCGGCGUACCCGCACCGGAAGUAACAUGGAAGGUACGAGGCGCUACUCUUCAGCCGAGCGACCGACUGAGACAAUUACCCGAGGGAUCGCUAUUCAUCAAGGAAGUCGACCGCGCGGAUGCUGGGGAAUACUCUUGUUACGUGGAAAAUUCCUUUGGACACGACACCGUGACCCAUCAGCUGGUUGUACACGCUCCUCCGCACUCGCCGCAGGUCACUCUUACCGCCACCACCACCAACUCUUUAACGAUGAAGUUACGCCCUCAUCCCACCGACAAUGCACCGAUUCAUGGCUACACGAUUCAUUACAAACCCGAGUUUGGCGAUUGGGAAACCGUUCAGAUCAGCUCCACGGCACAGAAAUAUACUCUCGAGAAUUUGUGGUGCGGCUCCCGAUAUCAGAUCUACGUCACAGCUUACAACGGAAUUGGAAUCGGCGAUCCUUCAGACAUCCUGAACACGCGCACAAAGGGCUCCAAACCGAUCAUCCCCGAAGCGGCGAGAUUCAUCGAGGUAUCCACGAACAGCAUCACUCUGCACUUGAGCGCCUGGUCAGAUGGUGGCUGCCCCAUGUUGUACUUCGUUGUCGAACAUAAGAAGAAGCUGCAGCAGGAAUGGAACCAGGUUUCGAACAAUGUCAAGCCGGGCGGUAAUUUUGUAGUAUUAGAUUUGGAUCCCGCUAGCUGGUAUCAUUUGCGCGUCACAGCUCACAACAAUGCCGGUUUCGCCGUGGCUGAGUACGAAUUCGCGACUUUGACGGUGACUGGCGGCACCAUUGCACCGGCCCGCGAGCUACCGGACGUGAACGGUGGUGGCAACGACGAAGACCCGAUGAAAAUUUUCAUGGCUAACUUAAAUCUGGUCGUACCUGUGGUAGCAGCCAUACUCGUCAUAAUCGUUGCCGUCAUCGUGAUCUGCGUUCUCAGGGGGAAGGGUCAUGGUAGCGAUAAAGGCACGAUCGCACCUCCCGUACGUAAUGGUAACGAAAACUCCGCGGAUGUGAGACGGUACUUCCCAUGGUUACCUAGCUGGCUCGACGUAAACGUGGUGGUGCCGGUCGGCGCGACGGUUGUUGUCAUAAUAGUAGGAAUAGUUGUCAUUUGCGUGGCGCUCUCGAGACGAACUCGAGGCCCGGAACAAACACGGCUGCGAGACGACGUAGUCUAUCAGCAAACCGGAGUUGGCGGCGCUACCCUGGACAAACGCAGAUCCGAUCUUCGCGACGAACUGGGAUACAUCGCACCACCGAAUCGCAAGCUUCCACCCGUACCCGGGUCGAACUACAACACCUGCGAUCGUAUCAAGCGAGGUGGAACUGGCUCGUUAAGGAGUCACUCGACGUGGGAUCCAAGGCGACACAUGUAUGAGGAAUUGAGUCACUACGCGCCCAACAGGAGAUGCCCACCGCCACCACGUAUGGGCAGCGCGGACGGUCUUUCGCACAGAGGUAUGGAGGAUGAGAUUUGCCCAUACGCUACCUUCCAUCUAUUGGGAUUCCGUGAGGAAAUGGACCCGAGCAAAGCUAUGCAAUUCCAGACUUUCCCUCAUCCAGGAAAUGGCCACUCUGGCACUAUGGGACCACCCGUGGGACAUCCCACUAACGCUUCUGCUCAUAGCCGCUCUGGAUCUCAGUCCAUGCCCCGUCAAAACGGCCGCUACUCUCGAGUACCAUCCCAAGGAGGCGGCAGCGGCACGCACAAUGUUUUCUCACCUGAAUACGACGAUCCGGCUAACUGCGCUCCCGAGGAAGACCAGUACGGGUCACAAUACGGACAGUACGGCGCACCUUACGAUCACUACGGAUCUCGCGGAUCGGUCGGACGUCGCAGCGUAGGCUCGGCUCGCAACAUUCCCCUCUCUGGCUCGCCGGAACCGCCCCCACCGCCGCCGAGAAACCAUCAGGAUCAGAAUAACUCCAGCUUCAACGACAGCAAGGAGAGCAACGAGAUCAGCGAGGCCGAAUGCGAUCGUGAUCAGCUUGUCAACCGCAACUACGGCGUGAAUGCUCGCGGCAAGGACGGCAUGACCACCGAGGAGAUGCGUAAACUCAUAGAGAGAAACGAAGCUCCCGGCCGGCAAACCGGCAGCCCCCACGGCGGUCACGGGGGACUCCUCACACCCUACGAUACUGUGGCAGUGUAACCUGUAAAUCGUCAUCUUCCGUGGUCUUCCGCUUCUCUCGAUAGCCAACGGCCGUGAGGAAAGCAGCCGAGAGAUGCGGAAAUGAAGCGCACGCCAACUCUUCCCCCGGUGCUGUCGUCGGUCCAAUUUGCAACGAUUUACGAUAGAAAUUAGAGACGUCGUCGCGAGUAGAUAGAUUCGAUUAUCGUGUAAGGUGUACGCGUAUUGAUUAUCAUCUCGAGAACGUUAUCAUCUCGAUUACGGACGAGGCUCAGUAGCCCGCCUCGCGAAAUGGGACCGCCUCCUUCGCCCUCGCGACCAUAUCACGCGAAUUUUCCUCUUUCUCACACUCUUUACGGCCUUCCGCUCUUUCCUUGUACUUCCUCGGGUACGUUCGUUUGCAUUUGAUCCUGGGGGAAGGCCAACUCAUCGAAACUGCCUUGUUUUUGAUAAACUUUUUCGAAACCGAUUCAGUCGAUUACGCACAUUCGGGAAGGCCAGACUCAAGACUGUCUGUACUACUGCCCUUAUCGCGAAGGAGGCACGAUUCGUGAGGUCAGCCACGAUGCUUCGUUCGUAACUCUUUUACGAGUCCUGGAACUCCUCGCACGCACGUUCGAUUACAUUUGAAAUUUUUUUUAUACCGAUAUUGACGAUUACCGAUCGGAGAAAAUGAUUUGUGUUUUGAUACGUGUCUUCCUCGAUGAUGCGCGUUCGAACGCGAUGUGAUUUGUGAAGAUACUUGACGACACGAACUUAUCAAUCGACCAUCUAUCUUUACACAUGACGAAAUAUUUCGGAGAGACUGAAGGGAAAUUGAAUUCUCUUGCGCUAUCGUUGAACGUGCACGUGGGAUUCGAGGCUCGUGAGACUGCCGCGAGAGACUGUCCUGUAGGAAAGCGAACACAGCCGGAAGUCUCGUGUUCGCGGACGCUCAGCUGCGGCAGAGACGCGGCCCGCGAUGGUGCUCUCGGCGACGGUGGAUUUAACGGGGGUUUUCUGAUAUAUAUCCGGGAUAUAAUCCUAGGUUACAUUCGUCGCAGGAGUUGCGUAAUGGGGGAAAAAAUGGAAAAAAACGUAUAAACAACAUAAUAUGCGUAUACAUGAGAUUAGUUGGUCGCUUUUUAAGUCAUGGUUGUGCCACACUGCCGCUCCCUGCGGGCGUACGAUAUAUAGAUACAUACGUACACAUAUACUAUAUACAUAUACUGUACGAUUUAUAAUUUCGUAAACGAAGGUUGUGUCCCCACCCCCGCCCCCCACCCCCUUACCCGCCACCCCUUGACGAUCGGUGAUCUUGAGUCUCGACGUCGCGGAGAGCAAAGUUUAUAGGGUACGUCGUCGCUUUUUCGUCUUUCGUCGUCGUCGUCGUCGUCCUUCUAGCGAUCCGUUUAGACGAUCGAUUCGAGACAUUCCCAUCGCUCGCUCGAAAGGGGAGUAGUCCCGUACACGAAAAAACACCGAUCGACUGUCCGUAGGAAGAACAAUGCGGCAAGCCAUCGAGGGAACGCUUCGAUAUAACACGGCAGGCCAGCCACAUAAUACUAUACAAUACAUCAUCGCCACGCGCGCUGGCGCGUGCACGCAAUAUACGCCACACUACACUUGCUGUCGUCCUAUAUGAUAUAAAUAUUUAGUCCGCUGUAAACACCUAAUUAUCCCCCUCGUGCUAAUCUUCUACGAUCGAUUGCGACGUACCGUACGUAAGAUUCACUGACAUCGCGACGAUGAUCGUUACAGGUGUAAGCGAUUCGAGUAAUAAAAAGAAGCUGGUUUAACGUAGAUAGCUUUUAAGUCGGACGGAUGGUCGCGAGAAGGCGUCGUUGGAUCCUCGCGACGAGGCGAGAGGUCGGGAUCUGGGAGGAUAACGGAACGUAUCGGAGGCGCGAACCGAAAAUGGUUUUGUCUGUCCGCGAUCGGACAAUUGAUCUUUUACUAGUUUGACGAACGAACGAACGAAGCGGAUGCUUCCCGAGCUUCUUCGCGGGUGCACCAGCCCGACGUCGCGCGACGCCGCGGUCACGACGCCGUGUCUCAUAGUUCGUUUUUAUCACGAUACUAUUUCUAGAUAUAUACAUACAAAUACAAAUAUAAAUAUAUAUUAUAUAUACACUAACUAUAUAUACAUACGUUGUAAGUAGCUAUUUCUAGGUGUCGCAUUUGUUUGCCGAGGCGAUGCGCGAGCCGGCUCCCAGUUGGGCGACCGGGCCAAGAAGUACCCUCGAGAAACAGCAAUCACGCGGAUUGCAAUUGUAUUCUCGUGUAUUUAACUCUGGAUCAUGUUGCAUGAGUUAUUGUUCCUUGUUAGUGUUAACCAUUAACUCGAUUCAUCUAAUUUAUCAGAUUUAUUCAUCGAAAGCAAACAUUUUGAAAGUUAUUUGAUAUUGAUGUUCUAUUUAUAUAUACUAUUACAUCUCAAAGUGUUAACUUCAUUCGAGCCGCAAUUAGCACGGCCUAAAUUGCUACUGCCAUUCUUUCUUGUUACGUAUCCACGUGAAUGGGAUUAAAACUGAAAAGACGCACAUACACAGACUGAGAGAGAAUUUCCGAAAAGUUCGAACAGAAUUUAAAGGGUACUUCAUCCGCUCGGGUCGCUUCUGCCCUCGCAGAGGAAUUCCUACCCUCUGCCGCUCGAAACUGGCCGCGGCUCGACGCGCCAACGCACUUUUACUCAUCGAUGUGAUUUUAAAAGGCUGCGCAAAAAGCCUCGUGUCUCGUGUAUAUGUUACGAUCGCGCUCUUACCGUAAUUAACGUAGCCGUAUCUCGUCCCAAGUCACCCUUUACGACUUACCAGUAUCACGUUCUACUCACGUAACUCGCCCUCCCCUCGCGAAACUUUGUCGCUUCGAAUCGCUUCCGAAUCUAACCAGAGCUAAUAUACGGCACAGGCCGAUAAUGAUGAUAACGAUAUUAAUGCAUUCGUAAAUAUAGUAAUAUGAUCACGUCCGCGCGCUACCUUGGUCGCGGUUUAUCCUUUUGUCUUAAGCGAAGUGGACGUCCGCGACGUCGCACAGGUGAUAAACGUUUUUAUGUUGUGAGCGGCCCGGGGUGACCGGCAAUAAGGGCUGUGAAUGAGGCAUUUAACAGACAAUCAGUUAAAUCGGAUUUCGGCUAAACAUUAAAUGUUUUUCGCAGCUGAAACGAAGUCGAUAACGAGUAAUAACGAUACAAAGACUGAGAAUUUUUACGUCCACGUUUGCUUACCGCUUUUCAUCCACCUUUCGCUCGCGGUUGCUUUGCCCCUCACAGUAGCAUCCUGGUAAGAUUGAUAAUAUUCGCCGCUCGUGCCCCUUCUUGCUGGACACCCCCCGAGCCCAUCGUUCGCUCGUCGCGCUUCUCCGUGAUCGACGUUAUACUGCGGUAGUAAUUCUUUGCAAGACUCGACGUUACUUUUUUGAGAGACGCCGCGAAGCGUGUCGCUCGCUUGUGUAUGCUUGAUUGAUAAUAUGCGUUGAAAGCAUUUGGCUGUUCUUUUCGUACGACGGCGAACGCGGUUCUUCGAGAGCUCGUGUUCCUUCCCCCUUCCCGCCUUCCUCAUCGUCGCCUGUCAAACUCGAAGCGUUUCCUUCGUGUUCCUUUUGACGAUCCUUGCGUACGUGCGGAAGAAUCGCGGGAACGCGAUAUCUCGUUUGACAAUGGAAAAAUAAAGGUGAAAGGAAAAAAAAUCCGCGCGCAACGUCAUCCGCGCUCGAGGAGACUCGAGGAUCCGCUCGCAAUGUACCGUUUCCUCUCAACGCCACUACUUUAUGUUUUUGUACCAAAGUUGUAGCGUCUAACUUUGCGUUGAAUAAAGAAACCUUAAAACGAUC